AUGACAAAGUUGAGAGAGACCAGGAUCUCCCUUCUUUAUGUGUACGUUUCAAGUGUCGUAAAUGAUGAAGAAUUUGUCUUGCUGUAUGAUAUCAACACUGCAAAAACCCCUGACUUUCCCUACUGGAAUUACGAAGCUUUUGAACUCAACAUGAUGUCUGAUGAUGAAUGCCAAGCUGAAUUUCACUUUUAUAAGAAUGAUGUGUAUAACUUAAAGGAAGUCUUGAAUCUUCCAGAGAAAUUUACAUGCUACAAUGGCUUAAAAAUAGAUGGCAUUGAUGGUCUCUGUAUCUUUUUGAAACGAUUUGCUUACCCUUGCCGCCAUCUUGACAUGAUUCUAAGGUUUGCUAGGCCCAUGUCUCAACUUUGUAUGACUAGUAAUUUGGUUAUGGAUUAUCUAUAUGCACACUGGAACCAUUUACUAACCUCGCUCAAUCAACCUUGGCUUUCCCCUGAUAAUUUGUAG